AUGUCUGCUAAUGUCAAUGGAGUUUCUGCUCUGUAUUUUCUUUACAAUGAAAGUUUGAACAUAUUGUUAGAUCCCUUGGGAAUUUAUAUGGGAGAAGCACCGGCAUUGCUUGUUGAUGACCUGCAGGAUGGGGCUCAGAAUGACCGUGAAUUGAAAAACGGAGCUUGCAAAGCGACUGCUACCGUUGGUGAUAAGACGUACGUCAUUGGUGGAGCUGAUGAUGGAAUUUUGUCCAUUGAAGUUCAAAUUUUUGACCGUAAUCGUGGAGAAUGGGUUCGCCCCACUGUGAGGGGCAUCAAACCCAUCUGGAGCAAAGGUCUUUCAGCAGUGCCUUUGGAAGACAAAAUACUAAUUCUUAAGAAGGGUUCUAAGCCAGAUGAUCAAAUAUGGUUCCUGGAGGUUGGCACUCAAUAUGUUAGGCAGCAGCAAGAAUAUUUGGGAACUGAGGUGGUUGCAUGGAGUAAAGGCGUGGUAGGAAAUGCUGAGAAGCCUGUUGUUAUUAGUGGUCCUUCUGGAGUAGGCAAAGGAACAUUGAUAGCAAUGCUUAUGAAGGAGUUUCCAUCUAUGUUUGGUUUUUCUGUGAGCCACACCACCCGUGCUCCAAGAGGUACGGAGAAAGAUGGGGUCCAUUAUCAUUUUACUGAAAAGAGUAUAAUGGAGAAAGAAAUCAAAGAGGGAAAGUUUCUUGAGUUUGCUUCUGUCCAUGGUAAUCUCUAUGGAACUAGUGUUGAGGCUGUGGAACUGGUAGCAGAUGCAGGGAAAAGAUGUAUUCUUGAUAUUGAUGUUCAAGGUGCAAGAUCUGUGAGGGCUAGCUCUCUUGAAGCCAUAUUCAUCUUUGUAUGUCCCCCUUCAAUGGAGGAGCUGGAGAAGCGUCUUCGUGACCGAGGGACAGAGACUGAAGAGCAGAUCCUGAAGCGACUACGUAAUGCAGAGGCUGAGAUUGAGCAAGGCAAAUCUUCUGACAUAUUUGAUUUCAUCCUAUACAAUGACAAACUUGAUGAGUCUUAUGAGAGACUUAAGAAACUAUUGGGACUUGAUGAUUUUAUCGCUACACCUAAAUCUGGCCCUGGAGAGAUUGAUUUACCAAUUGACCAUUCCGUAACAAAAAUUGAUAACAAAAUCAUCAUAAACCGCAUCUCCUCAGGAGAGAAGGAAGCAAAGAAUUUGAUCAUAUUAGAUGUUUCCUCACUAAAUGGAGGUGCACCUGGACGAACAAGAGGCCUAAAUUUCCAAGCCAUUGGCUCGUUCUCAAAUGGCUUGACCGGGAUAGAGGAUCUUAGCUAA